AUGGGGCAGAGACUUGGAGGAGUCCAAGGACCAACUUUAGGAAAGCUGCUUGAGAAAACUCCUCCGAAUCCGCUGGUCAGAAGUCAUCAAUGGCAGAGAACAUAUCAGCUAGCAGCGGCAGAAGAACUGAGGAAAAGCAGAUGGGGAUGGAUAGGACACAAACUGCGUAAGCCAAGUACCGUCAUCAACAGGAAAGCUUUAACGUGGAACACCCAGGGAGAGCUGAAGAGAGGCCGGCCUAGAAACACCUGGUUAACCUUGCAGCUGAAGCCAAGAAGAUGGGGACAGCUUGGAGGACUGGCCCAGGUCAGAGGACUCUGCCCAGCCCCUGCCCACCUCCCAAACCCCUCAGCCCAGCCCCCACCCACCUCUCAAACCCCCUCGGCCCAGCCCCUGCCCACCUCCCAAACCCCCUCAGCCCAGCCCCUGCCCACCUCCCAAACCCCUCAGCCCAACCCCUGCCCACCUCCCAAACCCCCUCAGCCCAGCCCCUGCCCACCUCCCAAACCCCCUCAGCCCAGCCCCUGCCCACCUCCCAAACCCCCCAGCCCAGCCCCUGCCCACCUCCCAAACCCCUCAGCCCAGCCCCUGCCCACCUCCCAAACCCCCUCAGCCCAGCCCCUGCCCACCUCCCAAACCCCUCAGCCCAGCCCCUGCCCACCUCCCAAACCCCCUCAGCCCAGCCCCUGCCCACCUCCCAAACCCCCUCAGCCCAGCCCCUGCCCACCUCCCAAACCCCUCAGCCCAGCCCCUGCCCACCUCCCAAACCCCCUCAGCCCAGCCCCUGCCCACCUCCCAAACCCCUCAGCCCAGCCCCUGCCCACCUCCCAAACCCCCUCAGCCCAGCCCCUGCCCACCUCCCAAACCCCCUCAGCCCAGCCCCUGCCCACCUCCCAAACCCCUCAGCCCAGCCCCUGCCCACCUCCCAAACCCCCUCCCCAGCCCCUCCCACCUCCAAACCCCUCAGCCCAGCCCCCGCCCACCUCCCAAACCCCUCAGCCCAGCCCCUGCCCACCUCCCAAACCCCCUCAGCCCAGCCCCUGCCCACCUCCCAAACCCCUCAGCCCAGCCCCCGCCCACCUCCCAAACCCCCUCAGCCCAGCCCCCGCCCACCUCCCAAACCCCCUCAGCCCAGCCCCUGCCCACCUCCCAAACCCCUCAGCCCAGCCCCUGCCCACCUCCCAAACCCCCUCAGUCCAGCCCCUGCCCACCUCCCAAACCCCCUCAGCCCAGCCCCCGCCCACCUCCCAAACCCCUCAGCCCAGCCCCCGCCCACCUCCCAAACCCCCUCAGCCCAGCCCCCGCCCACCUCCCAAACCCCCUCAGCCCAGCCCCUGCCCACCUCCCAAACCCCUCAGCCCAGCCCCUGCCCACCUCCCAAACCCCUCAGCCCAGUCCCUGCCCACCUCCCAAACCCCCUCAUCCCAGCCCCUCCCACCUCCCAAACCCCUCAGCCCAGCCCCUGCCCACCUCCCAAACCCCCUCAGCCCAGCCCCUGCCCACCUCCCAAACCCCCUCAGCCCAGCCCCCGCCCACCUCCCAAACCCCCUCAUCCCAGCCCCUCCCACCUCCCAAACCCCUCAGCCCAGCCCCUGCCCACCUCCCAAACCCCCUCAGCCCAGCCCCUGCCCACCUCCCAAACCCCUCAGCCCAGUCCCUGCCCACCUCCCAAACCCCUCAGCCCAGCCCCUGCCCACCUCCCAAACCCUCUCAGUCCAGCCCCUGCCCACCUCCCAAACCCCUCAGCCCAGCCCCUGCCCACCUCCCAAACCCCCUCAGCCCAGCCCCUGCCCACCUCCCAAACCCCCUCAGCCCAGCCCCUGCCCACCUCCCAAAACCCCUCAGCCCAGCCUCUGCCCACCUCCCAAACCCCUCAGCCCAGCCUCUGCCCACCUCCCAAACCCCUCAGCCCAGCCUCUGCCCACCUCCCAAACCCCUCAUCCCAGCCCCUCCCACCUCCCAAACCCCUCAGCCCAGCCCCUGCCCACCUCCCAAACCCCUCAGCCCAGCCCCUGCCCACCUCCCAAACCCCUCAGCCCAGCCUCUGCCCACCUCCUCCAGCCGAAGGAGAAGGACAAGAGCAGCAGGUGCAGAGGAAAACCACUACCCACAGGAUCCCCUCCAAGCCGAGUUUAUUUUUGA